AUGUCGUCCAGUUCGUCAAACGUGGUGGGUGUGCAUUACCGGGUUGGGAAGAAAAUCGGUGAAGGCUCCUUUGGUGUCAUUUUCGAGGGCACCAACCUUCUAAACAACCAGCAGGUUGCCAUCAAGUUUGAACCCCGUAAGAGCGAUGCUCCACAGCUUCGAGAUGAGUACCGGACGUACAAGAUACUCGUUGGAUGCCCUGGCAUUCCAAAUGUCUACUACUUUGGCCAGGAAGGCCUACACAACAUCCUGGUCAUUGAUUUGCUAGGGCCUAGUUUGGAAGAUCUCUUUGAUCACUGUAACCGCAGAUUCUCCAUAAAGACCGUUGUCAUGGUCGCCAAGCAGAUGCUUUCGCGAGUACAAACUAUCCAUGAGAAGAACCUCAUCUACCGCGAUAUCAAGCCAGACAACUUCUUGAUUGGUCGGCCCAACUCGAAAGCCGGCAAUGUCAUACACGUUGUUGACUUUGGUAUGGCCAAGCAGUACCGAGACCCGAAAACUAAACAGCAUAUCCCCUACCGAGAGCGAAAGUCGCUAUCGGGCACUGCUCGAUACAUGAGUAUCAACACUCAUCUUGGGAGGGAGCAAUCUCGUCGUGACGACUUGGAAGCCCUUGGACACGUGUUCAUGUACUUCCUACGUGGUGGUCUACCAUGGCAGGGCCUGAAGGCUGCCACUAACAAGCAGAAGUACGAAAAGAUUGGCGAGAAGAAACAGACCACCGUCAUCAAGGAUCUAUGUGACGGAUUCCCUGAAGAGUUUACCAAGUACCUUACCUACGUCCGAAACCUCGGAUUCGAGGAUACUCCCGACUACGACUACCUACGUGACCUCUUCACCCAAGCUCUCAAGAGCACGGGCGAUGUGGAAGACGGAGAGUAUGACUGGAUGAAACUCAAUGGCGGCAAGGGCUGGGAAGCGGCAAAGCCAUACUCUUCCCACCACCACUUGCACGGCGCCAAUGCUCUGCCUAAUUCUUCGGCUCGUGAUCUUCAUGGUUCGGCAGCACCACGAGCAUCCCAUCGACCAGGCGUCACUGCUGACCGUUUAAACGCCGCGCAGCCCCCGCCCCCUUCUCCUGCAAAAGCCGGAGUUGGGAAAGCGCGAGAGCGGCAAAACGCCUCAGGCGUGCCGCAAGUCAAACGUCAAAACGGAGUGGCGGGGGGUCUCGAGGCUACGACACCAACAGCUUCGACACAAGCUCAGUUCCAAAACUCUAACAUACACCUUCCGAGCAAUCGGGUUAACAACCCAGUUAACCAGGGUAUAACGAGCCAGGCACAGCAACCAAGAAGGGCACCCGAACCAGAACCGACGUUCAUGCAAAAGAUGAUGAAGGCAUUGUGUUGUGGUAGGUUUCGAGUCCCGAAUGACUCGUGA